AAGUGUUUGAGAGUGUGGUAUCGUAAAACGUCUUUUCGUGUGUUUCCGUUUGCGUAAAUACUAUCCCGCAUCCGAGCUGCGUGGAAGCGUCCCUAGUUGCACAACACAGCUACCUACUAAAUGUGUUGAAAACUGCACAAUAUGUCCACUGAUACUAGUACAGAUCCGGCCCCGGAAGUUGCGAACCCAGAGGACUCCGCCGCAUCCGCUUCUGCCGCCCCGCCACAGCUGGUACAAGAACUAGCGUCCGCAGGGACCACCACUCCUGCCGCACCAGCAGCAGCUUCUGCAACAACUCCCGCGCUGGAGGAAGCAAAGUCCAAGAUGAAAAAAAUCGUGAUCAUCUACAACCCGUACGGCGGGAAGAAGAAGGGAAAAAAGCUCCACGAUGAGACGAAUAUGGAUUGCAAAAAUGUCUGGGUCUGGAAGAAUGCAGGAGUUUGUCAUGCAGAUUUUGCAUGACCUAUGAGGUCUGUGAUGCAUGCCCUAGCAUCAGAGAUCUUGCGAGGGCUUUCUGAUGCUCAUACCGCAUGAGAAAUGCCCUCUCCGCGUAGCACAAAAUACACCUCUUUUGCUGUUCAUGCAAUACAGAUUUGAUGUAGAGUCCAGAGGUAGCAUCACAAGUUGCAUCCUUCCAGACCCAGACACUUUUACAUUUGAUAACGAAGAAGAAACUCCUAGAGAAACUCGACACCGAGAAGUACGAGAUCCUCUCCUACGAAACCCAGCGAGCCAACCACGGGUUCGAAAUGUGCGCGAGUGAAAUUCCGGACGAGAUUUUGCAGAGCGAGGACCUGGCGGUGUUGGUGGUGAUUGGCGGGGACGGAUCGUUGAACGAGUGUUUGUAUCAACUGCAAGUAUGUCUUGGUCUAGAACAUUGCUAGACUUGUCAUGCAGGUUGUCCAUGACCGCCCAUAUGAUCUGCAAUGGAGGACCUAGCAUGACAGAUUCCGCGAGAUCACUAUCAUGCCUAACUCCCUGCGUGAGAAACUGCUUCUCAACUGGAUCAAAAGUGGGCAGCAUUUGGUAGGCAUGCAACACAAAUUUUUGCAUGAUGCAGAUUUAAUAGCAUGACAGGUUGCAGAGGGCCAGACCCAGACAUCUUUGCAACGCAUAGCUUGAACGGGCUGGCGACGCGGGAAAAGGUGAGACUGAACCUCGACUCGGUUGCAAACGUGGAAUCUAUCAAACAGAAAAUCUGCUUGAUCCCAGGGGGGACGGGAAACGCGCUGGCCACGGAUUUGGGAAUCGUCGGGUACAGUACGGAUAAGCUGACGAAGAAGCGCACCUACCUAUGCAGUGCAAAAGUAUCGCUAUCGUACUCGUAUAAAUGCGUUACAAAUUUCCUCCGCAUGAGAAAUAAUGCAGACUUAGCUCCAGAAAAACAUGACUGCGAUAUAUUUGCACAGGAUACUACCGAUACGCAGGCAAUGCAAUCAACGCCUUUUUGGAGUCUUCUGCAUCACAAACUCUAGACGCAGGAGAGCCGAAGUGGAUCGACUUAGGGGCGAUCACGUACCAGACUGGUCCAUCCGUAGCUGAUAUGCAUUGCAAAUAUGUCGUGAGGAAGAGUGUAGCUAACUUGUCAUGCUGCUUCUGCAUCCUGCUCCUGCAAAAAUCUGUGUUGCAUGAUUACCUAAUAAGGUUGUCCACUACGACUACAUCAAUUGAGUAAAUUGAGACGGCGUUUCUCAUGCAGGACAGGCGUGAACAUGAUAGAGAUCUCACAGUAGAGUCUGUGAUGCUAGGUCCUGCAACAUCAUGGGUAACGGCGAAUCUGCAUGACAAGUCUUGCAAUCUUCCUGACCCAGAGAUGUUUGCAUUUGGUAGCUGACGCGACGAGCAGUCAAGAGCCUUCUACUAACGUGAAGCUGAUGCACAACAUGCUCGGUCUUGGGUUAGGCGUCGAUGCGAACAUCAAAGCAGAGCGGUGGCGGUGCUGCGGCCCGUUGCGAUACGACUGGAGCAUUUUGCUCGAAAUCUGCCGCUAUCAAAUGCAAAAGUGUCUGGGUCUGGAAGGUUGGAGCUUGUGAUGCUAACUUUGGACUCUAAAAAAAUCUGUAUCGCAUGACCAGCAAGAGGAGUCUAGUUUGUGCUACGCGGGGAGGGCAUUUGCGGAAUAGGCAUCAGGAAACCCUCUAAAAAUCUGUGAUGCUAGUUCAUGCAUUACAGACAUCCUGGGUCAUGCAAAAUAUGCAUGACAAACCCAGCAACAUUCCAGACCCAGACAUUUUUGCAUUUGAUAGCCGCAUCGACACGAGCAAGGGGCCGACGCAAGUGAUCAAGUACUAUGCAAGAAAAAAAACUGUGUAAGUGUAAGUCUGUAAUGCAGAACAUGCAACAGAGCUGCUACACCUGUCAUGCCAGACAACCAUGACGUCCUCUUUUCAUGUGUGUUUUCCCUUACAAGCCACGCAUGACAGGUUUUCGCUGUCAUGUAGAGCAAAUUUGUGAUGCUGUCCGCCAAGGAAAGUUACACUAACACAGUUUUUUUCUUGGAUAAGUACCAGGACAAGAGUAAAAAUCCGAGUGCUGUAUCAGAAGCAAAAACGUCCCCACCCCAGAGUUAAGUAGAUGUCAGUUUUGCGUACACAAACUGAGAAGUGUUGUCGGUUGCGCAUGACAAGUUUGGGUUUCUAUUCUUGUCGCGGCUGGAGCUAGUGCAGCCGCGUCACAAAUCCAGCGCCUUCUUCUUGUUAGAGCAUGAGAAAGUGGUCUCUGGCGCCCGAGACCAUCAGAAAAUGCUCCUCCUGGUGGGGCUACGCCUACGCAUGAGACACAAUUAGCUGGCCAUCUUGCAUGGCAUGCAAAUAUGGUGCAUGACAAGUCGUGUGAGAAGUUGGAGACGUUUUUGCUCAGUAUAUGCUGGGGAAAAGAAAUCCGGAGAAAUCAAAUUUGAGAAGGGAAUCACCUUGGCGCUGGUGCAGAACACGAAAGUGGUGGGAGACAAGUACUUAUGGAAAUACUUAGAUAAAGACAUUCGAUUCAUCGUGAUGCAAGUACGCAUGACAAAAAACUGUGAAGAAACAAAUACGAAAUUAUCAGGUUAAACACUGCCCCGUAUGCCGAAGUAGACGAUGGGUUGCUGGAUGCGGUUACGUACCCUUCGCAAAAGUAUCUGAUACCCGUAGUAAUUGCAAACAUGCAUGACGAAUCUGCUUCCCAGGAUGAAUCAGCAUGACAAACUCCAUAUUUGAUGCUGAGAGAAUUUAUUGUAAUGCGAUAUUUACAACCGUAAACCUAAACUAACAAGCUACUGCGAGGUACUUUUGCAGUGCAUAUUACAGGGCCAAAACUCGGCUGCUGUGCCACACUGGGGCUGUUUAACAAGGUGAAAAAGAACGGGCAACACGUAUCAUAUGUAAAAACGCCCCAGCCCCCCCGCCCUAGUCAAUGAUUAGGAACUUAGCAAGACAAGUCCAGAAGUUUUAGGAGCCACGCAUGACAAGUUGCAGUCCGUAGUGUAGUCGCCGUGUUAGCAAGGGCAAUCGCAUCACAAAUCCAUCUGCUUAUCCUGUUUCCAGCAUUACAAAUCCCAAAACGCGAUUGGAAAUGCCUCUCAUGGAGUUGCGCAUUACAAAUUUUCCUGUAAUCGCAAUUCUGCAUGACAACUAAACUAAUGGGAUGGGGGCGUGUUUAUCCAGGAUAGCACGUAAACGACAAGCGCGUGGGGUACGAAAAAGUCACGGACUGGUCUUUCGAGUCCAGCGAGCCAUAUCGAAAGGAAAAAUCCCCCCUCCCCAUAUCAAAGUGACAAUCUGUGUUGCGGGAUUUGUGUACACAAAUCACCUUUGUCUUGCAGUAUAGGACUGCAGGCAGAUACAGAGCCUGGAAGGGGCUUGCUAGAGGUGGCCGCUCAGCAUGGCAGGCGUCUGCCCUGUUGGCGCAGCAGCAUCACAAAUCGCCUGCGUAAAAUGGCGGAAGCUCUGGCUUUGCUCUCUUGCAAGACAGGUCUGAUUUGUGGCCACAAAUUAGCAUCGCAAAUUUUCAAAAGGAUGCCUUUUCAAUAUGGGGAGGGGGGAUUUUUCCUCACGAUAAGCCAGCUCGGUUAAACAUUGACGGUGAAAAUAUCGGCUACACGCCCUGUAAGAUUGUAGUGAAACCAAAAUUUUUUCAGAUCUACACGUUUUGAGGUUGAAGAGGAGGAAAGUUUCAUUUUCAUAAUAAUUUAUGAUUAUGCCUGUUGUUUCGGUACCAAAAAACGCAUAUUUAUGAUAUGAUUUUUUACCGUUUGACGCGAUCGAGCCAGGACGUUCCUCACCGUCAGUAGAGAAAAGAUGUAAUGCUGACAAUUGCUAGUGGUGGUAGUGGUAAGAGCCACUGAUCCUGGAUAGUUAGUACCAAAUGCAAGGUUGAAAACCCUCAAGAUGAUGUCUAUGUUGUACAACGCACAGGCACGACAGCUUUUUUUGAAACUGGAGUAGCACGUCUUUCUUCGCCCCCCAGAUAAGUAGCAGCAACGAGCCAGUGCUCGUUUGCAUCUUGGAUUGUCUCAUUUUCGGAACUACGCGUUUGUUCCUUUUGUUCGAAGAAAGCUAGAGUCUCAUCUUGCGAGAGGAUAGCAUACAACACGAACUGUGCC